AUGGGGAAGCCGAAGUCCCAGGUGAGAGAUUCCUCGCUAGGGUCGGGGCUUGGGGGUUCCCCUGCCUCUUCGGUCGCACAUCCUACAUCGCCGAAUGGUGCGUCUGAAGCCUCGAAGAACCCCAAGCACGGCGGCUGGUCGCAGAGAGCAGAGGGCGAAACAGCUGAGGAAAAGCUUGGCGGCUGUUCAGGCGUCCAGAGUCGUUACCCGGUCAUGACCGAGCGCGAGCACCAGGUGCUGCGACAGCUGCAGGUGGCAGAGCUGAAGCGACAAGGCCCGUCAGCCGUCAGAAGCUUCGUCGAGUCUCUCUGUCUCGCGGUGUAUGUCGCCUUUCUCCCGGGGUUCUUCAAUGCAUGCCUGCGGCGCUUUCCCCCUUUCAACGCCUGGGAAGGCGGGACGACCUCCGCUCUCGCGCUCUGGGCCUGCCUCGCCUGCUGGUCUGCACUGUUUGCGCGCGGCAACGUGACGGACCCGGGGGGCUUCCUCGUCGGCGUUCGAGAGGCGAAGACGUGGAGCCGCGAGGACAGGCAUCUGCGCGUUCUCGCCCAGCAAGAUCUGCUCGGCGCUGCCGGCGCGCGCGCCGCCUCGCCGAUCCGCAGAAACGCGGACGGAGACGCAGAGACGGAGAGCGCAGACGAGGCACUCGCCCGCGUCUCAGUCGGUGUUUUUUGCAAAAUCACCGCGGCGUCGCUCCUGGGGGCCACGGUCGUCGGUUUGGUUCUUCGCUUUUUUUUCUCGGAAGCGACUUUCCUGUCGCCUCUCGAGCCGCUUCCCCACCAGGUGUACGUCGAUCUGCCCGCUCCAGUCCCGGGAAAGGUCUCGCCGCCGUUUUUCCUUCCCUCCUCUUCUCUUGUGGCUUCUCUGCUUCCGCUCCUGCCAGUCGCCCUCCAGCUACGAACCACUGAGAUGCUCCGGAGCGGUCUGGUGCUCGCCAGUCGCCUUUUCGCGCUGCUGCGCCGCGUCGGUCUCGGUGUAUGUACAGCCGGGAUCGCGAUGGUGCUCAAGCCGGGGGGCGGCCACCAGCAGUUUCAGGAGCAGAUGAUUAAAAGCGACUUCUUCAAACAAUUCUUUGGAGAGGUCUCGGACGCGAGUCGAGACAGCGCCCACGGCUUCUUCGGGCCCAGCCUGCCGGACAAUUUCUUUUCGAAAAUCGUCCACACGCUGACUGGCUCGGCUGCAGGAGUCAAGGAAGAAGAGAUGGCAGUGCUCUGGGUCAGUGGCAUAGUCGACAUGUUUCUUCUCGAGGUCUUCUUCGGGUUCCUCGCCUACAUGGCCGCCGCAGUUCAAGCCUCCGUCACAGCCGCUGCGCAAGGGACUCGGUUUCAAAUCCGGGGCAUCAGCUACGCCUCUCUCAAUGCUGCUUGCUUUUUCUACUACUUUGGAAUACCCUUCUGUACUCCUGUUGGCGGCCCAAUGCUGAACGCAGGGUAUGCUGCACUGGUGACGGCAUAUCGUCUAGAUGUGAUUGGAUUCUUUCUCCUGGUGUCGGCCGACCUUCUCGCAGCGUACUUGGCCACGCUUGUUGUUCGGCCUUUUGCAUGCGUCCCAGAAAAGAAGCCUGCUGCGCCAGACAAAGUGGACAGAAACUUCUCUGUGUGGCCGGAACAGCGCGAGAAGCGCAAGGCCGAGUAA